AUGAAGGACGGCCUGAAUGUGGCCACCUUACCCAGCCCCCUCGAAAGAUAUGUUCUCGAUACUAAAUUAGGGUCAGGAAUUUUUGGAGAGGUAUACAAAGCAAGUGAUACACAAGCCAAUGGCAAGGCUGUAGCGAUCAAGGUCCAUACUUUUACUGAUGACAAUGAAGUCCACAUUCAAGAAGAAUAUAAAAUACUCAGAGACUUCACUAAUCAUCAGAAUCUGAUCGAUUUUUAUGGAGUUUUCUGUGAGAAAUCGGAAGGUGUGAAGAAAAUUUGGUUUGUACUUGAGCUGUGUGAAUGCGGAUCUGUCAUCGACAUCGUCAGAAAGCUGAACGCAACAGACAGAAAAAUGUCGGAGGAACAUAUCGCCUACAUUCUCAAAUAUACGAUCAAGGCCCUCAUUUAUUUGCACGAGAACAAUGUCAUGCAUCGAAAUAUAAGGUGCAGUAAUAUUCUGAUUACCAAAGAUGGAGAAGUCAAGCUUACAGAUUUCGGAUUAUCCUGCAAAUUGAAUGGGAAUCUAGCAAAGAGACAUACGAAUAUUGGAUCACCGAGUUGGAUGGCUCCUGAAGUUGUAGCUAGUAGCGAUGAAGGGUACGGAAACAGAGCUGAUGUUUGGGCUUUAGGAAUUACUACUAUCGAAAUGGUAGAUGGCAAAGCCCCUUUUCAAGAUAUGCAUCCCACACGAGCAUUAUUCCAAAUUAUAAGGAAUCCACCGCCUGGAUUAACGAAACCGGCAAUGUCUUCAAAUGAAAUAAACGACUUCAUAAGCGAAUGCUUAGAAAAAAAUCCCGAACAUAGGCCAUAUGUUAUGGAAUUAGAAGAACAUCCAUUUAUACAAUCUGUCCCUGAAAAUGACUACCACUUGUCAACAGAGUUGAAAAUGCAAAUUAUGGAUUUAAAAAAGACAGAAACCCCAAGUAAACCACCAGAGCGCAUAAUUAAAAAAGGCCUUCUAAUGACUGAAGGAGUUCAUGAACCUGAAACCAUGCAAGUUGAGGAUUUAGCUGCUUUAGAUAAUUUAACAGAAGAUAGAAUUCUUGCUGAGCUACAAACUAAACUAGCAAAGGGAUCAUUCACGUCUUUUGUAGGCGAUAUUCUUCUUAUUUUGAAUCCAAAUACAAAUGAAGAUAUUUACAAUGAAUCUUAUCACAUAAAGUACGAAUGCAAAUCAAGGUCAGACAAUGAACCCCACAUAUUUGCUGUAGCAGACAGCGCGUAUCAAGAUGCUCUCCAUCAUAAUGAACCACAACACAUUGUGUUUUCAGGGGAGAGCAAAUCAGGAAAAACCACAAACAUGAUUCAUGCACUAUCACAUCUUACACAUUUGGGUGCUAUGAAAAAUAACACUGCAGAACGUAUUCAAAAAGCGACCAAAGUUAUUCAUGCUGCUAUUAAUGCUGCCACACCAAUUAAUAGUAAUUCUACAAGAGGAAUUUUACAAGUUCAAGUAACAUACGGUAGUUCCGGAAAACUUAGUGGCGCCAUAUUUUGGCUUUAUCAGUUAGAAAAAUGGCGCGUAUCAUCUACGGAUAUGAGCCAUGCCAAUUUUAACCUGCUCUAUUAUUUUUACGAUGCUAUGGAAGCAACAAAAAGACUGGAUGAACUGUGUUUAGAAAAGAGCAGAAAACACCGGUAUUUGAGGAUUUUAGAAGAACCAUGCAAAAGUACCACAGGUGUUCGUGAAACACCUGGGGAAAAUGUAAAAAAAUACAAAGAAUUUAUAGAAAAUUUGAAAGUAUUGGAUUGGGAGGAGGAAGACAUUACCAUUUUGGAAACAAUAUUAGCAGGUAUACUGGUAUUAGGCAAUGUGAGGUUCAAAGAUAGCAAAAGCGGUUCAGCUGAAAUCGAAAAUCCAGAUGAAGCUAAGAAAGUAGCAAAGCUCCUGUCCCUUGAAGAAACUAAAUUUCUCUGGGCACUACUUAACUAUUGUUUGAUAGAAAGUGGAACAGCUGUAAAGCGCAAACAUUCAACAGAUGAAGCACGAGACGCCAGAGAUACAUUGGCCAGCGCGUUGUAUAAACGACUUAUUGACUGGAUGAUCAAUUUGAUAAAUUCAAAGUUAUCGUUUAUGAGAGCAGUGUUUGGCGACAAAUAUUCUGUAAGCCUGUUAGAUAUGUUUGGGUUUGAGUGUUACCAUAGAAAUCGAAUAGAGCAGUUGAUAGUAAAUACAACUAAUGAGCAAAUUCAGUUUUUAUACAAUCAAAGGAUAUUUGCUUGGGAGAUGCAGGAAGCUGCUGAAGAGGAAGUUCCAACUGCAUCUUUACAUUUUUAUGACAAUAAGAACUCUGUAGACCAAUUGAUGGGGAGACCACUGGGCUUGUUUUAUAUACUUGACGAAGCAAGUCGCACAGGGAGCGGCCAGGAGUUUAUUAUGAGCACAAUUAGAACAACAUGCAAAGGACCCUACAUCAAGUUGUCUGGAAGCCACGAAUUCAGCGUCGCACAUUACACAGGAAAAGUGAACUACGACGCCCGUGAAAUGGCUGACAAAAACAAAGACUUUCUGCCUCCAGAAAUGAUUGAGACCAUGAGAGCUUCAACAAACAUCACAGUUCAGCAGCUAUUCAGAAAUAAACUCACUAAAACAGGCAACUUGACCGUUUCCCCGAGUCAGCCUAAAGUCACGGUUGCGAAAUCUAAAUCAGAGAAAGAAAUGGAGAAUAUGAAGGCACGGAAGUACAACACAGUAUCCAAGGGUCAAUUUUCCCAAGUGCACAGAAUGAGGACUGCUGCGGCCACUUACAGGGCUACCAGCUUAGAGAUUUUGAAACAGCUGUCGAUAGGGCCUGGCAGUGGUGGCACCCACUACGUGAGAUGCAUACGAGCUGACCUGAACGACAACCCUAGAGGUUUCCAGUCAGAAGUUGUGAAACAGCAGUUAAGGGCUCUGGCUAUUUUGGACACGGCUAAAGCACGGCAGAAUGGGUUUUCGUGUCGAAUACCGUUCGCUGAAUUUAUACGAAGAUAUCGCUUCCUAGCAUUUGAUUUUGAUGAAAAUGUGGAAGUAACAAAGGAUAAUUGCAGAUUACUGCUGAUCAGGCUCAAAAUGGAGGGUUGGGUGUUGGGCAAAACUAAAGUAUUUCUCAAAUAUUAUAAUGAAGAGUUUCUUUCCAGAUUAUACGAAAUACAAGUGAAGAAAAUAGUUAAAGUUCAAUGCAUGAUGAGAGCUUUCUUAGCGAGAAGAAAAGCGGCCAAAAGCAAAUCCAAAAUAAUGCACAUAAAAGAAUUGAAAAAACAACAAUCUCUCAACGUAACGGAAGACGACGCUGCUUUACUAAUACAAAAAGCGUACCGAGGCUACAUAGUCCGCAAGGCUUACGGCCCUCUUAUCAACAAAGGUACAGGCCAAAUAGAUGAGGAAACUGCGUCAUUUCUCAAGCGAUUCGCCAUGAAAUGGAAAAGCCGAUCCAUAUUCCAAGUCCUGCUGCAGUAUAGAGCUGUGAGAUACCAGGAUUUAGUUCAUUUCUCACAGCAGGUACACAUUUACAACCAAGCAAUGCUGGAGGCUCUUCUAAAUACGAGUACGUCCGUGCUGCUAGACCGAGUGAACCCUCAGGCUAAGGAGGCCGACUUCUUGGGCUCCGGGCCGCCAACCGUGUGGAAACUGCCCUUCAGAAUCGACCAGCUUCAGUACUACGACACCUCGUACAUGUGCGACCCUGCAGCCAAAUCCACCGACACUUUCGCCAGCCAAUACGACUCCGACCACGAACAGUGGGACGAACCCUUAAAGCGGCGGUUCACAGCACAAACCGACAUCACCACCUCUUCCACCAGCACGCAAACUCUCAUGACUGUGCCCUUCUGUAGGGACCCCACGCAGCCGGUACCCAAACUACCGCCGGAGGAACCCAAACCCCCGAGCUCAAGACCUGUAGUCUACAAAAAGAAGGUCCAACCUCACAGCUACUACCAGCCGCCCGAACCUUGGCACGCGCGCGACGACACAGACAUUCUUGAAGGCAGCAGCGCUCCGAGACUCCGGAAAACUAAUUACAGUAGAAGUUUAUACGGCAUUGAUGCUCCAGACAUGCAAAAUCCAAUUCAAGAACUGCAAGCACUGGCGAAAUCCACCAACGAUAUGAACGAGGACGAUCCUCCUUUCAAUUUCCAGGCUAUGUUGAAAAAGACGCCAAGGAACAGAGCGUCCAUGAAAAGAUCUGGGGAAACUGAUAAUGGGUUCAUUGAUACAGGUAUGAAACCAGGCAGAAUGGGAUUACCUCCUUCAGGCAAAGCGUCGCCGUUACCUGGCAAAGUUACUCCUACGGGGAGAGUAAUUGCUAGUGGCAAGUCUAGCCCAGCGCCCCCACCUCCAAGAUCACGCAGUAGAGAACUGGUCAGAAAAGACUCCAAAGACCUCAUCAUAUCAGCUUUGAAGAAAAAGGAUUCAAAAACGGAUUUGUUCUGUUCUAUAAUGGAUAACAGGAUGGAGGAGAGAGUGCAGUUGGCGCCGGGAAUAAUAAUUGAAGGAACAGUAACAGAUUUAUAAAAAACAACAUUGUUAU